ACGUCUGGCGAUUGGAUGUUAACCCAAGAUGCUACCUUACUAUGGAAAACCAUCAAAUUUGGAAACUUACCCGACAUCACCGAAGAUAUACCGUAGAGGAUUGGCGAAAACGUUCGUGCGUCGCGCACAGAGGGCCGACCCAGAGCGACAACUUAAUCCCUCGGAAGAUCCUGACGGUAUUUCUUGCGAGACUCUAUCCCGCAGGGAAAAAAAGAUACGAGUCAAUGUCUGUGGAAAACCAUACGUAAUCACUGUUCAACAACUGCUAAGAUUUCCUACAAGUUUGCUAGCAGAUCCAGAAAAAAGAGCACCUUUUCACGAUGAAGAGAACCACGAAUUCUUUUUUGACAGAAAUCGAACGACAUUUGAAAGCAUCUUUUACUUUUACGUAACAAAUGGAAUACUAGUUUUUCCGAGUAAAACGUUCUCGCUACAGCUUUUGGCAGACGAUUUUCAUUUCUUUGGCCUGUACGAGUAUUUGAGCUCGGAAGAAAGGCGACACAGUUUGCCAACUCCAAGUGCAUUUUUUCCAAAGAAAGUGAUAGCCCCAAAAUCAGUUUGUCAAAAAAAGUUUUGGGAAAUUUGCGAGUCUCCAGAUUCAAGCUUCGUCGCACGAAUCACAACGUUGUUUUCGCUGAUGGUAAUUUUGCUCGCCAUUGCUAUUUUGUGCAUUGAAAGUCUUCCAAGCGUACGAAACUCGAAUCUUGUUGAGGAAGUCAUAGAUAGUGGAGUGCACCUUAACAUCAGUACAAACCAAAACAAUGCAAUAGUGACCCACGAUAGCAAUUCCUUCACAGUGAAAUAUUUCACCUCAAGAGCUGAGGAAUUUUGCAUCGCCUGGUUCACACUGGAAUUAAUUAUUCGUUUUCUUGUUUCGCCAGAAAAGCGAAGAUUCCUGCUCAAAUUUCUAAACAUCGUGGACAUAGCCGCUAUUUUACCAUUCUACAUUUAUUUGGUCGUGUCCGAAAAGUCAAAAGCACCCCCUGUUUAUCUGAUCAAGAUCUUUCAUCUUUCAAAAAUAUUUCAAGUGCUUAAAGUCUCUCGCUACGCUUCAACGAUGAUAGUGCUUAAAAAAACUGUUACCGCAUGUCUAUCAGAUCUGUGGACGAUGGUUUCUUUAACUCUCACAGGAACCAUUUUAUUUGGGAUUCUUGUAUAUUACUGCGAAACUUGGGACCAAGAAACGGAAUUUCGAAGUAUUCCUCACUCGUUCUGGUGGGCUGUUGUGACAAUUACUACUGUUGGGUAUGGUGAUAUGGUUCCAAACACUCUUGGUGGGAAGAUUCUGGGUGGACUGUGCACCAUCUCAGGUGUUAUAUUCAUAACACCUCUUCUGCCGAUCAUUUACAAUAAGUUUGUCCGGUUUCAAAAACUGGAAGACAGCAAGCCGUUAUGUCAAUGUCGAUAAAGUGAACUGGUCACUAAAUUGAAUGCAAUGCACGUUGUGAUCACCUGAUGACAUGAUAACAAUUUACCUCACACUUUCUCGUAAGUUCCUCGUCUAGAGCUUCUAUUUCUGACGGGCCCUUUACUCCUCUUAAACCGACGUUACUCCUCUGGGCCCUUUGCCAGCCUCUGCUCAGAAAAUGAGCCAGAAUCGGGAGGAAAGAAGACAGGAUCCGAGAAAACGGCGCAAAUUUAGACUACAUUCCCUCUUAGGGUUCCAUACUGGUUUAAUUUUUAAUUCUGAUUGUAUGAGAAUAAUACUGAUGGCUCCAAACGGUAGAUAGCUGUGAACAACAGGAGUAAAUAAAGAGAUUUAUUCAGCUCGUAGUCUAUAAUUAAUCAAUUCUACAAAGAAUCAAUACUUUACACUGAGUGAUCGAUGCAAUCUUCAUAAUAAAAUGCAAUUUCACUAAAUACGAGGUAGCUUU